UUUAGUGAUUUUAAUCUUCGGACGUCGAAUGGACAAUGGUAAAGAUGAUCGGUCAAAAUCAUUUAAUGAGUGAACUAAUGAUGCAAGAUCGUCGUGUUACAUAACAAGAGACAGAGGCGUCCUCAGCUUGCAGAACACAUGUACCUAUAUUUGUUUAGAGUGGUGAAUUUGUCAAGCAUUGUGUUGUUCCAGUAUAUAAACUGUAGGAUUUUGUAUGAGUUACGUUACAUCUGGAUAUCCACUGCAACAUGAAGCUGACAAUUGCUUUGGUACUCCUCACGGCGUUGGUAGCCUGCCAGGCUGCCCCAAAACCCGGAGGCCAGGACAUCCUGCUGAGCUCCGUCAGCUCUAGUUCCAGCUCAAGCUCCAGCUCAAGCUCAAGCGAAGAAAGCUCAUCUUCCUCGUCCAUCUCCCAAAGCAGUUCCAAUAAUGGCCUAGUCGAGGAAUCUAGCCAAAGCUCAUCUAGCAGUUCAAGCUCAGAUGCCGCAUCAAGCAACCAAUCUAGCGAAAGCUCUAUAAUAAUUGCUUCUGGUGGAGUAGUCAGUAGUUCAUCUAACAGCGGCUCAUCUAGUAACAGUGGAUCGUCUAGCAGCGGAUCAUCUAGCAGCGGCUCAUCUAGCAACAGUGGAUCAUCUAGCAGCGGUUCAUCUAGCAAUAGUGGAUCAUCUAGCAACAAUGGAUCAUCUAGCAGUGGUUCAUCUAGCAACAGUGGAUCAUCUAGCAACAGUGGAUCAUCUAGCAACAGUGGAUCAUCUAGCAACAGCGGUUCAUCUAGCAACAGUGGAUCAUCUAGUAACAGUGGAUCAUCUAGUAACAGUGGAUCAUCUAACAGCGGUUCAUCUGGCAGCAGUGGAUCAUCUAGCAACAGCGGAUCAUCUAGCAACAAUGGAUCAUCUAGCAGCGGUUCAUCUAGCAACAGUGGAUCAUCUAGUAACAGUGGAUCAUCUAACAACGGUUCAUCUGGCAGCAGUGGAUCUUCUAGUGGAUCAUCUAGCAACAGUGGAUCAUCUAGCAGCGGUUCAUCUAGCAACAGCGGAUCAUCUAGCAACAAUGGAUCAUCUAGCAGCGGUUCAUCUAGCAACAGUGGAUCAUCUAGUAACAGUGGAUCAUCUAACAGCGGUUCAUCUGGCAGCAGUGGAUCAUCUAGCAACAGUGGAUCAUCUAGCAACAGUGGAUCAUCUAGCAACAGUGGAUCAUCUAGCAACAGUGGAUCAUCUAGCAACAGUGGAUCAUCUAGCAACAGUGGAUCAUCUAGCAACAGUGGAUCAUCUAGCAACAAUGGAUCAUCUAGUAACAGUGGAUCAUCUAACAGCGGUUCAUCUGGCAGCAGUGGAUCAUCUAGCAACAGCGGAUCAUCUAGCAACAAUGGAUCAUCUAGCAGCGGUUCAUCUAGCAACAGUGGAUCAUCUAACAGCGGUUCAUCUGGCAGCAGUGGAUCAUCUAGCAACAGUGGAUCAUCUAGUAACAGUGGAUCGUCUAGCAGCGGUUCAUCUGGCAGCAGUGGAUCAUCUAGCAACAGUGGAUCAUCUAGCAACAGCGGCUCAUCUAGUAACAGUGGAUCGUCUAGCAGCGGUUCAUCUGGCAGCAGCGGUUCAUCUGGCAGCAGUGGAUCAUCUGGCAGCGGUUCAUCUAGCAACAGCGGCUCAUCUAGUAACAGUGGAUCGUCUAGCAGCGGUUCAUCUGGCAGCAGUGGAUCAUCUAGCAGCGGUUCAUCUAGCAACAGCGGCUCAUCUAGUAACAGUGGAUCGUCUAGCAGCGGUUCAUCUGGCAGCAGUGGAUCAUCUAGCAACAAUGGAUCAUCUAGCAGCGGUUCAUCUAGCAACAGCGGCUCAUCUAGUAACAGUGGAUCGUCUAGCAGCGGUUCAUCUGGCAGCAGUGGAUCAUCUAGCAACAGUGGAUCAUCUAGCAACAAUGGAUCAUCUAGCAGCGGUUCAUCUAGCAACAGCGGCUCAUCUAGUAACAGUGGAUCGUCUAGCAACAGCGGCUCAUCUAGUAACAGUGGAUCGUCUAGCAGCGGUUCAUCUGGCAGCAGUGGAUCAUCUAGCAAUAAUGGAUCAUCUAGCAGCGGUUCAUCUAGCAACAGCGGCUCAUCUAGUAACAGUGGAUCGUCUAGCAGCGGUUCAUCUGGCAGCAGUGGAUCAUCUAGCAACAAUGGAUCAUCUAGCAGCGGUUCAUCUAGCAACAGCGGCUCAUCUAGUAACAGUGGAUCGUCUAGCAGCGGUUCAUCUGGCAGCAGCGGUUCAUCUGGCAGCAGUGGAUCAUCUAGCAACAGUGGAUCAUCUAGCAACAGUGGAUCAUCUAGCAACAGUGGAUCAUCUAGUAACAGUGGAUCGUCUAGCAGCGGUUCAUCUGGCAGCAGCGGUUCAUCUGGCAGCAGUGGAUCAUCUAGCAACAGCGGAUCAUCUAGCAACAGUGGAUCUUCUAGCAACAGUGGAUCAUCUAACAGCGGUUCAUCUGGCAGCAGUGGAUCAUCUAGCAACAGCGGAUCAUCUAGCAACAGCGGCUCAUCUAGUAACAGUGGAUCGUCUAGCAGCGGUUCAUCUGGCAGCAGCGGUUCAUCUGGCAGCAGUGGAUCAUCUGGCAGCAGUGGAUCAUCUAGCAACAGUGGAUCAUCUAGCAACAGUGGUUCAUCUAGCAACAGCGGCUCAUCUAGUAACAGUGGAUCGUCUAGCAGCGGUUCAUCUGGCAGCAGUGGAUCAUCUAGCAGCGGUUCAUCUAGCAACAGUGGAUCGUCUAGCAACAGCGGUUCAUCUAGCAACAACAACAAUGGCAGUAGUGCAAACGGCGGUUCCAACUCUGGUAGUAGCAGUGGAAGUUCUGGAUCCAGUAGCUCCAGCCAGAGCACCUCAUCAGAAAGCAGCGCAGCCAGCAGCUCAAGUCAGGCUAGUCAAUCAAGUCAAGCCGUUGCGAGCACACAAAGUUCGAUAUCUUCAUCUUCACAGAGCUCCUCAUCAUCAAGCUCGAGCAGCUCGAGCAGCUCGAGUAGCUCGAGUUCUGAAGAUGUAACUGUAACCACCAAUGUCUAGACCCAGAUCUCUCGAUCGAUAAACGGCAAUUGAAUAUGAAUUUAGUUUGUAGCUUUGUUGGAGAACUCGACUUCAAUAAUCAUUGUUAAAAUACUAAAAUAUAUUGCUUUCGAGCACUGAAUACAUUUUACGAGCAUUUAA